UUAGUAUUUAUUUAUUUACAAAUCAAAGAAAGAUCCUGUGUGUCAGGAUCCAAUGAAGGCAGGACCAAGGCAUGCCAGCAACCGCAGGACUAUCGGAACCAAAGGACCUCACAUUGGCUGAAGGAAACCAUGAAACUUCUACUAGUAUCCUUUUCUUGUCUCCUUGGGUUAUCAACCGCUGCGAUUGAUGGAAAACAUGUGAAUACCCGGCAGUUGUCUGCGAAUGAAAUCUUGUUGGAGGACUUUUCUGAUCCCAUCCACAAAUGGGAUACGAUGAAUGAUCCUGUCAUGGGAGGCCAAUCCAAGAGCUCUCUUGCCAUUGAAAAUGGAGUGGCGCGAUUCACCGGCGACUGUGCCAUUGUACCGUUCCUAAAAGCGCCCGGGUUCAUCACCAUGGUCACGGGAGGAUUCUACAUGGGAAAGGAAUCAUUCCCAGAUAUCAACUCUUGUCAAGCAUUGGCCUUUACGCUCAAGACCAAUGUGGAUUACAAGGGAUACCGUGUCAGUUUUGGCAAGGAGCAUUUGCCGGAAGGACACCAUGCCCAAGGAUACAAAGCGCCCUUGACCAAUUUACCGUCUGCAGAUUUUGAUGAUGUCAUCAUUCCCUUGAACGACUUCAGCUCCAAAUGGGAUGACGCCACCGGGGAUGUAACUGUAACUUGUGCCGAGAAUCCCAAAUAUUGUCCCAGCUCCAAAUGGCUAGCCAAUAUGCAAACCAUUUCCUUUUGGGGAGAAGGUGUCGAGGGAGAAGUGGAUUUGGAAAUCAAACAAAUUCGUGCAGUGGGUUGUUCGGUUGCCGUGGAGAAUCUGGCAGCCAGUGUCGUCGGAGCUUCUACAUCCGAACCUGCCGGUGGUGUGGCGAGCAGUCUGUUGCUGCUCUGUGUAGUAGGAUUGGGUUUUGUGGCUCUGGCAGUGGCACGGCAAAAGCAAAGACAAACAGCAAACUACGAGGAAAUUCCAUCCAAUGAAGCGCCUCGACUGGAGUUGGCAUAAAGAAUGAAAUAGACGUAGUGCCUGCCUCGCCUCAUGCAACAGGGCGAGUUGUGCGAUCGGCUGUUCGGCAGCAUUUGUGGCUUCGACACGUCUACCGGUACGUGGUUCAAAGGAUGGCACGAGUAGCAUGCUAUCUACGAG